ACUUAUCGCGAGAAUACAUUGUAGUCAAACCACAAGACCACACUUCCUGGAAAAGGAAGGCGGUGGUUCUUAUCAUCGUUAAUUUACACUAAAUCUCUGCUUUUCUGGUGUGCCAGGUAUCUUUAUUGUUGGCCAGGAUGAUUGACAUUAAGGCCUGGGCAGAGUAUGUGGUGGAGUGGGCAGCUAAAGACCCCUAUGGUUUUCUGACCACAGUCAUCCUGGCUCUCACUCCACUCUUCAUUGCCAGUGCAUUGUUGUCCUGGAAACUGGCCAAGAUGAUUGAGGCACGUGACCGUGAACAGAAGAAAAAGCAAAAACGACAGGAAAACAUAGCAAAGGCCAAGAGGACCAAGAAAGACUGAGACUGUGAGGGGAAGACAAGGGCAUGACAAUGGGAGGAAUAACCACCAUGGCCCUCCUCAUUUCCAAGUAAUGACACAGUGCCCUUUCUUGUCCCAGCCUUACUGUCAGCACAGGGCCACUACUCCUCACGGCCUGGGAUUGGAGGAGGGACACUGGCCUCACAGUGCUGAGAUGGACGGUACUGCCCAGAGGAGAAGAAGAGCUUGUCCCAGUGGGACUUUGGUCAGCAAGAGCACAGUGGUCAUCUGUAUGAAGUUUUUAUAUGGACUUCCACCGAUACAUGUGCAGCUGUUGCAACAUAUUGCAUUCCAUUGUUAGCAUUGCUGUUUUGCUGAAUUGAUGAGAAUACUGAAACAUUUCUUCUAACUAGCAAAAUAUCUAACUAAUUACUUUUGAAUUAAUAAACAUUUCAUGGUUGAUUAAUUACAGUUUCCUUUUGCUGAUUUAAAUUAUUAUUAAAUUAUGGCAAGUUUGAAAAAAGAA